AAUUCAUGCAUUUUUUAUUAUUUUGGCUGCAAAAACCUAUGAGGCUGUCAAGGCCGUGGCAGUGAGAGUGGGGCUGGUGCUGUCUGCCUGUGAAGCUGCUAUUUUAAGGUUGUAUUUGCUUCACUCAAACUGCAGAAAAUCUGGGAAGCUGCUGGGAAAUGGCUUCCUGUUCCCUGCAACACCCCACCCUGGUUUUCUUCCCCAAAUAGACUAAAAGUAGGGGCACGUGGUGUUAUUUUACCCCUUUUUCCUUCCCAUUUUUCGAUCCCAAGGCAAACAGAGCAUCCCCAAGCCUGGGGGUCUCCCUGCUUUACAUCCAUAUGGUUAAAAAAAAAAAAAGAAAAAAAAAAAAGGUGGAAAUCACGGUUUGAGCCAAAGGCACUGAAUCCUGAGCAGCCUCAGACUCCACUGCAGGGCUGAAACCUCACAGUGCUCCCCAGAAAUCCCCCCUGAGCUGUGCUGUGGGGAAAUAACAUUCCAUUUCUCCUGGAGAGAAGCUGUCCUAGGGCCUUGGCCAGAGAUAAAAGCAACAGGUUAAAAGCCAGCUCAGCCCAAAAGGAGAGGAGAAGCAAGGUCUGACUGGCUUGGAAAUAACAGAGGCAAAUGGGAGGUUUGGUGGAAAAAAUGCCAGCAAACCUGCAGGAUCUGCAAAUCCUGGCACACACCCUUGUGCAAUGUACUGAUUUGGGGGGGAUAAAAAAAUCCACCUUUUAUCGUUCCAGUGUCAGAUGCCAUCAUCUGACCCUCCCAGAAUCAUCUCCCCAGUUUCCCCCGGGUGGGAAAUUAGAGAAUUACCCCUCAGGCCGGUGGGAUUCGGCGCUGAGGGUCUGGUUGCUGCAUGGGGAUAAGGGGCUUGAUUUUCCCCCCGGUUUCCUCUCCCUGCUGGGGCACAGAGGGAGCACACACGGGGCUGGGGGCGGCGUUCAUCGGCGGGGCCGUUCACCGGCGGGGUCUGUUCACUGGCGGGGCCGUUCACCGCCGUUCACCGGCGGGGUCUGUUCACUGGCGGGGCCGUUCACCGCCGUUCACCGGCGGGGGCCGUUCACCGGCGGGGAUCGUUCACCGGUGGGGCCGUUCACCGGAGGGGUCGUUCACCGCCGAUCACCGGCGGGGGUCGUUCACCGGCGGGGCCGCUCAGCAGUGGGGUCGUUCACCGGAGGGGUCUGUUCACUGGCGGGGUCGUUCACCGCCGUUCACCGGGAGGGGGUCGUUCACCGGAGGGGUCUGUUCACCGGAGGGUGCCGUUCACUGGUGGGGUCGUUCACCACCGUUCACCGGCGGGGGCCGUUCACCGGCGGCUCCCCGCGUGCUCGGGGAGGUGGAGCAGCCCACGGAGAGCCGCGUCCCCGCAGCCGCCGCCGCCGCCGUCGCUCCCGCAGCAUCAGGCGCAGGCGGCACCCGGAACGCGGCGGCUCCGCGGCUCCGCAUCCUCCGUGGGCAGCCGGACCGGGUACGGCGGCCGCGUCCCGCUGCCGGGGUAGCGGCUUCACCCCCUGCGCGGGGGGCGCGGGGACACCCCCCGAACCGGCGUGGGGACGGGGGGGGUGGUCCCGCUGCUUGCGGAUUAGCGGAGCGGAGCCGAGAUGCUGCCCUGGCGCCGGAGCAAGUUCGUGCUGGUGGAAAAUGAACGUAAGUGCAAAGGCAAGAGCCUGGGGCCGGGGCUGAGCUACGCGGCGCUGCUGGCCGGCUUCCUCCGCUCCUGCCCGGACCUGCUGCCCGAGUGCCCGCUGGAGCGCCUGGGCAGCGUCUUCCGCGGCAAGCGGCAGAAAGUGGAGCUCAACAAGGAGGACCCGACGUACACGGUGCGGUACCUGGGCAACGCCGUCACCCUGCACGCCAAGGGCGAGGGCUGCACCGAGGAGGCGGUGGGCAAGAUCUGGGCCAAGAGCGAGGCGGGCGCCGGCGGGGCCAAGAUGAAGCUGACGCUGGGCCCGCACGGCAUCCGCAUGACGCCCUGCGAGAAGGGGGCCCGCCGGCCGGGCCACGCGUACCUGCUGCACCGCAUCACCUACUGCGCCGCCGACCGCCGGCACCCCAAGGUGUUCGCCUGGGUGUACCGGCACCAGGUGAAGAACAAGGCGGUGGUGCUGCGCUGCCACGCCGUGCUGGUGUCCAAGGCCGACAAGGCCCGCGCCAUGGCCCUGCUGCUCUACCAGACCUCGGCCUCCGCCUUCAACGAGUUCAAGCGCCUCAAGAGACAGAGCGAUUUCCGCCACGCGCAGCAGCAGCUGCUGGGCGACGCCAUCGUGCCCUUGGUGCCGCUCCGCAGGCUGCUCAACGCCAAGUGCCCCUACCGCCCGCCGGCCGAGCGCGCCCGCUGCGCCCCUCGCCUCAGCUCCAUCCUGGAGGAGGAGGAGGAGGAGGCCUUGGGCGGCGGGGCGGCCUUGGCGGACCCCGGGCGAGCGGCCGUGCUGCGGCUGGCCAGCGACAUGAGGGGGUGCAGCCUGCGCGGGCCCGUGUGCUGAGGGCCCCGGCGCUCUCCCUGCGCCCCCGGGCCGGGGCUGGACCCUCCUCGGGGAUCAAUCUCUGGACAAGGCAGCGCCUCCUUUUGCGGCAAGAACCACGGUGGGGGUGGGUUUGCGCCCCAGGGAUCCCUCUGCACAUGAACCUGCUCUCGUGCCUCCUCCACAGCGGCCAUAUUAAUAAAAUGAAUGUGUGUUUUC